AUGCGGGCGGUGUACGGCUCCUUCGAGCCACGGCUCGUCCUCCUCCUGCGGCGGCCAGCCGAGCGGAUGCACGCCGCCUUUUACAACUACGUCCACUACCGCAGGAGGUACGCAGAGCUCGGCUCUGACUCGGCAGGCGAGCUGGCGUGGGCCAACGAGUCGGUCUCCGCCUUUGAGCGCUGCACGGCCCGCUUCGGUGCCGAGGACUGCGCGCUGUGCUUCGAGUCGCUCACGCGCGAGAACGAGGAGACCUUUUACCACGCGGACCAGCUGAUCAAAGGGCUGUACGCCCUGUUCCUGCCGCACUGGCGGAGGGAGUUCGCGCACCUGCUGCCGCUCCGCUCCGAGGAGUACUUUGCCUCGCCGCGAGCCGUCCUCGGGCGGGUGCUCCCCUUCCUGGGGCUACCGCUGCCCGCUAGCGAGCGAGAGUGGGGGCCACUGCUGGACGGGCCACGCGUGCUUCACGGCACCCGGCCGGGCGGCGGCAAGCCUCCCCUCCCGGCCGCCGUCGCGCAACUACUCCACCGCUUCUACCUCCCCUUCCAGCUCGCCCUGGUCGAGCAGCUGCGGGCCCACUGCGACGCGGCCGAGCUCGUCGAGUGGAGGUCGUGGGCGAUGGGGACCGCCGUGAGGGCGGCCGGCGUCGAUCGCGCUCGUGGCGCCGAGCCGUCGGAUGUCGAGCUGCUCUGA